AUGGUGGGUGUCCCCAGCUUCAGUGGGCCGAUAAACCUGCACACUCCAAAGCUUGUCCGCUUCUUGGCUUUCUUGUCCUUCUCAAAUGUGGCGCGUGCGACGGCAGACCAUGGAAGUAGGCACAAUAAAUGGGACGAUGGAUUUCUGUCAAGCUCGCAUAGAAUACUAUCAACCUAUGAUAAGUGUGUCUUGACGCUCUGCUGUGCGGUGCUUUUCAUAUGUGCUGUCGCAUUGUUAGUUCAGGCUUGUCGUAUCUUGGUCGACAUCCCUCGAAAAGAACGCCUCUGGCGACAAGAAGAAUAUCUAGCGCAAGAGGAGCUACUAAUGUCAGCCCUCGAAGCUGGCUAUGGAAAAGCCGCCACCCUCCCCCGAUAUGCGACCCGCUUCGGCGACCUUUCGGAACAGGAGAUCGAUGUGAAUGGUGUAAGGAAGGUUGUUCUGGUGGUAAAUGAGACCUAUGCGACAAACGCAGCUCAGGAUGCGUACGCGGAUUGGUUCGUGAGAUGGUGUCAUCUCCAGGAGGAAGCCUCGAAUUAUGUCGUUGAGGGGCCGUCGGAUGAGAUGGCUCCUCUCAUCGACGUGGAAUCUCCGACGGCAUCACGGUAUUUAGAUGACGUUGUGCCUUCAUCACAGGGGCCUUUAGAUCGGAUAAGUCCCCUCAUUGACGUUGGUUCCCCGGAAGUCCAACAGGAUUUGGAUGACCUGGCGACCUCACCACGGCCUUUUUUGGCUGAUUGA